AUGCUAGACACCCUCGACCCAAAAUGGGACCCCAGAAAGAACCAACCGGAGGACUACGAACACCAGAUGACCCCCAAAGAAGAGGAAGACGAAAACAUAUCCAGAGAAGUUGACCAGAGACUGACCACCACGGGAGGAAUAGAAGACCUCUUCCGCAUCUUCACGGAAGGAGAACGGAACAAGUGCAAAACCGCGCCAGAACGCAAACCAGCCGAAAACCCAGAAGAAGAAACAAUCGAAUGGGAAGUAUUCACGGACGGAUCAGCCACCAACAACGGUAACGACGGAACAGAAGCUGGAUCUGGCAUAUUCUUUGAAGGAGACAAUGCACGGAACACAGCAAUAAAGAUUCCAAACGAAUUCAAACCAUCCAACCAGGUAGCAGAACUACUAGCAGUAAAAGAGACCGUGGAAAUGUGCCCGCCAGGUGCACCUAUACACAUUAAGUCAGACUCGAUGUACACAAUCAACGGACUAACCAGAGACCUCAAAAAGAACGAGGAUCAAGGAUUCCUCCUCGCAGCCAACGGCGAAACAAUGAAACUAACAAUAACUAAGAUCCGGAAUCGCAGAGCACGCACAAGACUCACCUGGGUCAAAGGACACUCCGGAAUACACGGGAACGAGGAGGCGGACAGGCUGGCAGACAAAGGACGCAGAAAAGACAAGCCCGACAUCAUCGAUACAACAGUCGAUGAUGGACUGAUUCUCCCAGGAGCAAAGAUCCAAGCCAUGACACAAUCCGUCGCAUAUAAGAUCAUACGCAAGCUCAAGAUGCAGAGCGAUCGCUACCAAGACGCACUAGACCGUAAAGCGACGAACACCAAUAUAGAAACGGCGCAAGAAGCGACCAAAGACCUAAACAAAGAGUCAGAAGGCCCGGCGACAAAAGCAAGGAUAUGGACAGCAACAAGGCACAAGGACUUCUCCAGAAGUGUGAGAUACUUCCUAUGGAUGAUCAUACACGAAGGAUACAAGGUCGGAAAACACUGGACAAAGAUCCCAGGACACGAAGAGAGAGCGAAGUGCCACCAUUGCGGAGGGGAGACCAUUGAAACAAUGGAGCAUAUCCUGCUGGAAUGCAAUGCAGCCGGACAGCGGAAAGUAUGGCAACUGGCAGAAGCGAUAUGGCGAACGAAAUCCGGGAAAGAACUCGACAUCGAUAUGGGGAAGAUCAUGGCCUGCGGUGCGAUAGACACUGGAGACGCCGGGCUAUCAAGAUUCUUCAGAAUACUUGUAUCUGAAUCGGCCCACCUAAUCUGGAGAAUGAGGUGCGAACGAGUCAUACAAGAGAAAGACGAAGCAACAGAAAACGAAAUUAGUAACAGGUGGUCGAGAACACUUAACACGAGACUGCUCAUCGAUUGCAAGAUGACAAACAAAACAAAAUACGGCGCAAAAGCAAUAAAGCCCUCACUAGUCAGGAAGACAUGGGCUAAAACGCUCCAAAACGAGGAGCGACUCCCAGAGGACUGGACCAAGAGAGGCGGGGUUUUAGUGGGUAUCGGUUAA